GGAUGGUGACUCCAGCACUGCCCUGGGCAGCCUGUUCCAAUGCCUGACAACACUUUCUGGGAAGAAUGAUCUCCAGAGGUCCCUUCCAACCCCAACCAUUCUGUGAUCCUGUAUCUUGCUGCUAUGAAAAGUUCUUUCAAGUCUUGUGAAACACGAAGUUGGAGCAGCACGUGGCCGAUGUGUCUGUGAGAAGUCCAGCAGCAGAGGUUCCUGGAUGUUUCCUUAACUUACCUAAACAAGCCAAACAUUUGUAGGUGGUAAAAAGACAAAGGAAACAAGCAGAAAACCCGGGUUUGUGCCACACAUGUGCUUUUAAUGUGCAGAGCGAGAAGACACGCUGGCCUGGGACCUUCUCAUGGGAGCUUGUGGGUGUGUUGUGCCAACUGAAAUAAAGCAAAACCAACGCCAUAAAUGAGGGCAAGCAAGUGUCCUGUGAUGAAGCUUCUCUGCUGAGAAAUAGGAGCUGUCUGGAAACCAGCUAGGAUGGGUGCAGGAGUGGAACUCAGCUAGAAAAGUAAAGUGAGCUUAGGAAAAUACAUUGCUUUGGCCUUUAUUUGUAUCUUACUGGUGCUGCCAGGUCUGCCAGCAUUAAAACCUCGUUUUAGAUUGUAAAACAAAUAGAAGGAAACGAAAAUAACUGAUCUUUAAAGAGCCGAGGUGGAGGUAAAAAAGGAGAUAAACAGAAAAAUCAAUGUUAUCAGCAACCCAGAAACGAAUUUUCAAAUACACGUGUUUAGUGGGGCAAGCAGUCUGAAUCUUGUCGCAGUGUAAAUCAUUACCUUACCUACAGAAAAAGAGGAAAAAAAGCCAGAGUAUCAAAACAUUUAAAUAACGCGCAUGCACUUUAAGUAGCUAUCUGAAAGUUAGAAAUGCUAUAUGACUGCAUGACUUCUAAGAAUAAAAAUGUAAAAAAAAAUGUAGCGACUUUAUUUUCUUUUUAAAUCUAAAUGUUGAAAUAAAACAUCACUGCUAUUGCUCUGGCAUACCUGUGGGUUGCUGCUCCGUGUGUGGGUGUUGCCAACAAAGGUCCCAUCCCUUGGGGCCAACCUACUGGUUUUAUAAUAAGACUUUUCAAGGUAACAUCAUUAUGAAUAUUCCUUUUUUUCCUGUCGCACCAUCUCAAUCAGGUAUCGGUUUGUCAAACCCUGUCUGCAAAAGUACGCUAAGAGCUGCCUUGGUUUCUCCUGCUGUGGUAGGACGUGACUAUCUCAAAAGUUAAUCUUAAAAAGGCACCAUGUGUUUGUCCUGACAGCUCUUGGUUGGUACUUGUGAAAUAUUCUCAGUGAUUCAUCUUUGGUUGUGCCACCAUGAAAGAAAAACGCUCUUUUCUUUGUACUUGGAAAUAAAGUAGUAGAAGAAGCAGGAAGUAUGUGUGAUUUGUAAUCCUAUAAGUGCUCAGGAAACAUACAGUGUUAAAUAUAUAUAUGUGUGUGUGUGUAUACUUAGAUUUUUCCUUUGCAGACCUUGCUAAGCAUAUGGACUUACACAGCUGGAUAUUUAAUAGUCUUAGACAACUGGGUGUUGAAUGACCCAACCAGAGCUGGAGGUUCUGCAAAUAAUCCAUUCCUGUCUGACAGCUUCCAGAACAUGGUUGCCGUGGAUUUUAUCUUUAUUAAAGGAACUAUUUCUCUGGUUUUCUCUGAAGACCUGCAGUGUCUCCAGUAAUUCAGUCUUCAUUGGAAAGUGUUGUAGCUAUUGCUGAUCAUCUAGAUUUGUAUUCCUGAAUCAGCCCCACUAGCUGAAAAGAAACUUUCUGGCCCAUGUGGCUCCUUGGAAGGCUUCUCCAUGUGUCUUUAGAUCCUCCAAAUCAGAACUCAAGCCAAACCUACCCAGUGAUGGAGUUGUCUGUGCUCCCCUUCAAACAUUCACCCAAGAGGAAACAAUGCUGAAAAAUAUGGUGACAAAAUUUGCUCAGGAACGAGUUGCACCUUUGGUGCAAAAAAUGGAUGAGAAUUCGAAAAUGGAAGACUCUGUAAUACAGGGAUUAUUUGAACAAGGGCUGAUGAGUAUUGAGCUUGAGGAAGAAUAUGGAGGAACUGGAGCUUCCUUUUUUUCAAUCAUAUUGGUGGUAGAAGAACUGGCCAAAGUUGAUCCAGCUGUAGCUCUUCUAUGUGAACUCCAAAACACACUAACAAAUAAGUUGUUUACCACGUAUGGAACAGAAGAACAAAAGAGAACUUACUUGCCCAGAGUGGCUAAAGAUACAAUAGGCAGUUUCUGUCUUUCGGAGGCUGGAUCCGGCAGUGAUGCUUUUUCUUUGAAGACUCGGGCUGAAAAGAAAGGAGACUAUUAUAUCAUCAAUGGCUCAAAGAUGUGGAUUAGCUUAGCAGAACACGCAGGAGUUUUCUUUGUGAUGGCAAAUACAGAUCCGUCCUUAGGAUACAGGGGAAUUACGUGCUUCAUAGUGGAUCGCAACACAGAGGGACUACAUGUAGGGAAGAAGGAGGACAAGCUUGGAAUCAGAGCGUCUUCUACCUGCCCAGUAAUGUUUGAAAAUGUUAAGGUUCCUGAGACAAAUAUCCUGGGACAGGUUGGACAAGGCUACAAGUACGCGAUUGGAAUGCUAAAUACCGGCAGAAUAGGUAUUGCUGCACAGAUGUUAGGACUGGCACAGGGAUGUUUUGACCAUACAAUUCCCUAUACAAAGGAGAGAGUCCAGUUUGGGAAAAGCGUGUUCGAUUUCCAGGGGAUGCAACACCAGAUCGCUCAGGUGGCCACGCAGCUGGAGGCGGCGAGAUUGCUGACCUACAACGCAGCCCGGCUGGUGGAGACAGGGAGGCCGUUCAUCAAGGAGGCCAGCAUGGCCAAAUACUACGCUGCCGAGGUUGCAACACUGACAACUAGUAAAUGUAUUGAGUGGAUGGGUGGCGUUGGAUUCACAAAGAAUUAUCCAAUAGAAAAGUACUAUCGGGACUGCAAGAUAGGUACAAUAUAUGAAGGAACUUCAAAUAUCCAGUUGAGCACCAUUGCAAAAAGCUUAGCACAGGAGUACUGAAACCAGAAGGACUUCCUGACUGUAAACAGAAAUUAUUUCACUGAAUAUUUAUUGUGAAUUACACAUUUAUUUGUAAUUUAAAAAAUCAUAAAAAAGAAUGCAUCAUCACAGACAGAAUUGUAAGGAAAACCAUGAAUUCCCCAUUUCAGGACACCAAGUGUGUAAUUCACGUUUCUGCCUGAGACAUUUGUAAGCCAAGACAUUGGCUGAAAUUAUUUUGUAGCAGCACAUAAUGUUACACAGUGUGUCCCCACUUUGAGAUUUCAAAGUGAAAACAAAAGAAGCCGAAUCCUUGGCUUGCCUGAUGUGAGAGGGUCUGUUAAGCCACCGGGGAGGACAGAUUCCACACGUGAAGUGGGACUUUUGCACGGCGUGAAGCUGCUGUUUGUUCAGGGUGCCCGUUAUCAGCGUGGGGUGCAGGAGAGGUACGUGGGAAGAGACAGAAAUGAUGGUUUCCCCUCUCCCAGGUGGAGCGAUAUCUGUGGAGCCGCUGUGAUUGGAGUCAUUUUUAUAGCAGCCUUUAGCGUCUUCUUAAGUAUAUCUUGGUAAUUAAGCCCUUCCAGCCCCAAUUUGUAGUACUGAAAGGUGGAUAAUAUCUACCUCCCUUUCCAGCCUUCUCAGCUCUUAAGGGUUUUAAUCUAAGAGACUAUUUAUAGUUCUCCUUUCAUAAAAGGUUGAGUUGAAAUCUUUGUGAAACGGGGUUAAAAAAGCUCUUGUAGUUCUGCAAAAAAGACAGAUAUGAGCUAGGUAACAGGAAUGCUGUGGUACUACCUCACAGUGGCCUAUCUUCAAUGCAUUUUACAAAUUUGAAUCCUCAGAGCCUUCCUGGGAAUUAGGGAGGGACUAGAAAAGCCACUCAUGUAAGUUACUGUUCUCUACAAACAGAGCAAAGUUUUUCUCCUUUUGAGAGGGAUGGGCAGUGAGAAGUGUUGGCUUUUUUUGUCCCUCUGUUUACUUUAAAAUUAGACAUUUUAUUUACUGCAGAAACCUCUUUAGUGCUGGAGAACUAAUUAACUGAGAAUCAAGAGACGGAAAGCUUCAUACGUGAAAAAUUAUUAUAAUUGCUGUAAUUGGCAAUUUGUUUCAAGUGUUUGUGGGAGGGGAAGAUUGGUUUUCUGAUUUUGGCUAACUUAGAAGAAUCUCCUUUUUAAAGCUUGGCAGUCACUGAUGAUUCACUUCAAGUGGAGCUUAAAAUGUUACAGUGCCAGGCUCCCAAAGGAUUUUUUGGCAAAACUGGGGUUAAUUACAAAUAUGGUUUUGUAAAACAGACUACAGUGCCUUAUACAAAGAAACAAGCAAGGAAGAAAAGCACAAAGAGUUUUCUGACUUGCUGUCAGCUUCAAAGGGAAAUAACUACUUUAGUUAAUCACUCCCCCCACAUCCGCACUCUGCCUGUUGAUAGGCGAAAAAUUAAUGUGGUAAUUGUCUUUAUGCCAGUUUAAAAAGCUCCUCCCAUAUCACUUGGAUCAACAGCUUUGAGAUGUUCAAAUAUACAAGAGCAGGAGGGUAAGCUAGAUGAUUUCUGAAGUUCUCUUCUAGCCUGGUUAUUAUGAUUAUGAUUACAAUUAAUAUAUUUCAGGCUGUUUGCAGGCUUUCUUUCAGCUGAAUUGAAAUGACUGAGGAGGUCAUUAGACUAGAACGAAGACUACAGACUCCACAAUGGUUAACUACAGUUGUUCUGCUCAGCACGGUCUAUCUGCGAGUCUAAAAUGAUGAUAACCACACUACAAAAUGCUUGAGUUGAUGAACACGAUGUGUUGUGCUGAUGGGAGGUGCAGUCCAUAGCUGCCACAGUUUAUCCUGCUUUGCUAACAGGUUUUGAUUCCCACUGUUUAGUAGGUCUCCUAGUUCGAGGUACUGUCUUAACGUGGCUUCUGCAGUUUUGUGUGAGGCUGGGAAGUGAGUGGCAAUAUUUAACUGACUUAAUAUAGUGCUAAAAGCAAACUCUUUAUGGAGUAAAGUGCAAAGCUCUUUGAAGGAUUGUUGAGGCUGGAUAUCCAGGAUUAUGUAAAAGGACUUUCUCGUUGUGUAGAACUGUGUCAGGUAUCCAUUUGAAAAAAUAAUUGGGGAAGAAGUCAAAAUAAUGUGAUUUCCUACAAUCUGAACACAGAUCCCAUAGUCCAGGAAACAACUGAACAGCUUCAGGAGCUACUCAACAGUUCUUAGGAAAGCAAGGUCAAGCCUUUAACUAAUGUUACAGCUGUAAAUAUUUCACAUCUCUCAGUUCUGUAUUCUGUACGCAAUGACUUUGGAAACAAAUGCAUCUAACUUUUGAAAGAAAUGUAUUUAUUGUAUUUGAUUUUUGUCUACAAAAUUCUGUGGAGGAGUAUGCGCACAAAUUAACCACUGAGUUUCUGUCAUCGUUGUUUGAAAAGGGCACGUACCACUGACUCUGGGAAGAGUUCACUUGUUUCUGGGCUAAUGACAGGACUCAAAGACGCUUUAGACACAAGAUGUAUUUCUAUUAGAGAAUUUUCCCUUUAUAUGCCCUUAGUCAGCCCAGUCAAUGUGGUGUAUUGCCCUGGAACAGCAUCUUCAGUAUCAAACGUUGCAUCUGGCUUCCCCGGUUAGAAGAAAAGACCUGUAUUGAGAAUGUAUUUAAAAGUGCCUGAAUUUGAUAUUUGACUUGAUAUGAUGCUAAUCUUGUAUAUCAGGUGAUGGUUCUCUAAUAAUCUGUCAUUUAACAUUUUUCCCAGAUCUUGCUGGUUUUGUAUUGGGAGAGAAUGACUACAUCAUCUCUCAGGUUACUUUAAUAUUAUUCUGGUUUGUGGUAAGUUCUGAGGCAGAUUUCCACAGAAAGGUUUGAUCGCUACUUGGGAAAUACUCAAAUACAACAUUUUAUACGUUG